CACGACGCUAUGCAAUGCGUCGGGAGAAGAGCGGUGUGAGGCGGUUUUAUCUGAGUAAACGAUGAAGUGUUUCGACAUACCAUUGCGUCAUUUGGUUCAAUUAAGUUAGUUAACCACGACGUAUUGUUCUUCGCAAAAGCUUGUUGAAUAUUUCGGCAAUGACAGAAAACUUGGGAGUUAUUUGUGAACCGCUGGACAAACUGGAGCAAGUUCUGUCAUGGAAAAACUACAACACGGAGUGGUCUGGUUAUGUGCGCUCACUUUCUGGAGUAACUGACCAUUGUGCAAGUGGGACACAGAAAUGUCAUGAACCUGUUCUACGCCCACAACCACGAUGCAUGCGAAACAGUGUGCCACGAACGCUAGUGUGUCAUGAUAUGCAAGGAGGAUACUUAGAAGAUCGGUUCCUAGCAGACAGUACUAAACAUGAUAGUUACAGAUUUUUCCACUGGACAGGGAUUGAUACAUUUGUCUACUUCAGCCAUCAUUUUGUUACCAUACCUCCAGUUGGGUGGAUCAAUGCUGCUCAUUUACAUGGAGUGAAAAUCUUAGGUACUAUAAUAACUGAAUGGAAAGAUGGAGAGAAGAUGUGGGAAGAGAUUUUAAAGAGUGAUGAAAUUUGGCAGUCCUUUGCAAAAGCACUUUGUGAUAUAUGCCACCACUACAACUUUGAUGGUUAUCUUUUAAACAUUGAGAAUGUAAUUGCCCCAGAACUAAUGGGAAAGUUUCAGAAAUUUGUGGACUUAUUUGUUGAAACUCUACACAAGACUGUCACUACUGGGGAGGUUAUUUGGUAUGACAGUGUCACACAAGAUGGAAAACUUGCAUGGCAGAAUGAACUAAACAUUUUCAACAGGACAUUUUUUGACAAGUGUGAUGGCAUUUUCCUUAACUAUGCGUGGAGUGAACGACAUCUUCAGAACUCUGUUAAAAAUGCAGGCAUUCGUGGGUAUGAUGUUUAUGUUGGUGUAGAUGUCUUUGGUCGCAAGUUUUAUGGAGGUGGUGGAUUUCAGACUAGAAAAGCUGUGGAGCUAAUCAGAAAACAUAACUUGUCCAUUGCAGUAUUUGCCCAAGCCUGGGUGUAUGAAUGUUUUAAACAGUCAGAGUCCUUUAUACACCGUGAGUAUGCUUUUUGGCAGACGCUGUGGCCAUACCUCUUUGUGCAUGGACCUAAAGAUCUUCCUUUCUCAACAUCAUUUUGUCAAGGCAGUGGACAUAAGUACUUCUCUGAAGGACAGAUGGUGUCCGAAACCAAUUGGUACAAUCUGCGCAGGCAGCAGUACCAACCAUGUGCAACAACUUGCUUAAACCAUCGUUACAAUGUGACAGCUGAAGAACACAAUAAGAGCAGUGGUAUAUAUCCACCUGUAGAAGACACUGGUUGUAUGAUUUACUAUGCAGAUGAUGCAUUUCAAGGAGGUGGAUGUCUGUUACUUAAGUGGUCCCAUACAAAGAGCACUGCUGAUGAAGUUAGUGAAGCUGAAGCUGUUCCAGGAGCUAACAAAAGUGAAAAGGAACCUUCCCAAAAGGAAAUGACUGAGAGUCAGCCAAACCCAUUGGAUGCUGUGUUGUCUUGCAAGAGUUGUCAUGAUGAAACAGAUGUCCCCAGUGGAGAUGCAGCCCCAUCAGUAGAUGUUAUAGUUGAAACUGGGGAAACUACUCGGAGACCUGCUCCAGCACCUGAAGUACCAGAGUCCUUUUAUAAGAGGCUGAUAAUAUGCAAGUUUGAGUGGUCUGGUCUGUUACUGGUGUCAGUAGCCAUAAAAGAUAUAAACCAUUUGGAUGCAAAACUGGAUAUAAUGUUUUUAAUACAAGAAAGCUCAGGCAAGUACAGCAUGAAAGAAUUAUUGGAUACUUAUACAUCAUCUCCUGGUGAUGAGGGUGUGUAUCCGUACCCACAACCAGACAUUUUAAAUAAAGAAAUAUUUGAGCUUUAUGGCAGAUACUUACCGAAACCUGCUGAAAACAGUGGCUGGAGAAUCAAUCAUUAUUUAUUCCAUGUAAAUGGAACAAUUCUGGAGAUAGGAGCAAAGCUCAGAGAUCCAGGGACAGAAAUACUGUUUGGAUAUUUGUCACUAUACCCAUAUGGGAGACGUUACCGAUUAUAGUGUGUUCAAAUGAUACCAGACAUUUUGAGCCCGUAACCAAAGAUUUUUGAAAGUAGAAGUAAUAGGUAACAAGAAGUCAAGAGAGUAAGAAUUAUCUGUUGUAACUGUAGUGCUUUAUCAGUGACCAUAAAAUUUUAUGAAUGGAGAAUGCAUUGUGAAAUAUGAUGAUUAUCAUAUCCUGUACAAUUUGGUCUGUAAUAUUAUUAUUGUCUUUUCCAAUUAUUUUGUUGCUGGUCAUGAAAUAUCAAAUUAUCAAUAGUU